AUUAAAAAGGAUCGAAGAAGAAGAAGAAGAGAGAGAGAUAACUCCUAUCGUCACUGAAGUUGAUGGUGCACUGUCUUUGAAUGACUGAACCGAAAGGAGCUAGAGUCUCAAGAACACGUUCACCUCACUAGGAUUCCGAGCACUGAAGCUAUCUAUAUUACUUUAUUGCAACUAAUCGCAAACACAUGCAUGUCUACUCAAAGGAUUACUUACAAAUAUUAUAGGUAAUGGGAAAAAUUGAGAAUUUUUUGAUAAAAAAUACCAGCAAAAUAUUAUUUUGCUGAAAAAAAUGGAUUUCCAUAUCCAUGAUAUGAAGGAGUAUUAAAAAAAAAUGAGAUUCAUUCCUGUAGAUUAAAAAUGUGGGUGACAAAAAGAAAGAAGAGAAAAAAGAAGAAGAAAUCUUCGCAAAUAAUUGCAUGAGGAAUUCUGGUGUCCUUGAACUAGAAGUGUGUUACAGGAUAGUUCUGCAAUAGUGCAAAAUGGAUGCACUUUUAUGAUCAUACAAACGAUGCCAAUCGAUAUUAAAUCACGAAACCGGUUUACUUCCUUAUACAUUUAAUACAAUUUUCUUACAAGUUUCACUUGUUGAUGCAUAGGAUCUAUGUUUGAAUCGCGUGUACCAGUAAGUUUUGCUGACUUCAGAUUUCGAGAGCCUCCACUUCUAUAUAGAUUCGCACAGAGAAGGACUAUAGUAAGUUUCGCUAGUACAUGAGCUCGAUCGUACAGAGAAGUAAUAUGCCUCGCAAUUCGAAUUGUGAACUUGUGUGGGAAAGAGUGGUUCCAACAUCCUCAGGACAUUCUCUUAAACUCAGUGAGGUACUCACUUUCUAUCUUCGUAGAAGACAACGAUCAUAACAGAGAAUUCAAAAAGAAAAAAAAAAAAAAAAAAAAAAAAAAAAAAAGUGAAUUUUCGAUAUAUGAAAAUGGAUAUCAAAACUUUAUUAAGUAUGAUAUACGAUUUGUUAAUAGUCACCGGAAUGGCAAUAGUGUAUAUAAUGGAAGCAAUGAUUUUAACAUUAAUUCCAAGACGUUAUCGUGGAAAAAAUAUAAAAGGAGAAGUGGCACUUGUUACUGGAGGAGCAGGUGGCAUUGGAAAAUUAAUUGCUAAUAAAUUAGCCAAUCUUGGUUGCAAUGUAGUAAUCUGGGAUAUUAACAAAAUUGGUAUUGAAGAAACUGUGAAAGAAAUAAGACAAAAUGGAGGAAAAUGUUGGGGAUAUUAUUGUGACAUUGCUGAUAGAGAGGCAGUUUACAGAACUGCAAAAUUAGUCCAAGUCGACGUUGGCAAUGUAACAAUAUUAAUCAAUAAUGCUGGAUAUAUUUACGGGGAUACAUUUUUGCAAAUUCCUGAUGACGAAAUUGAAAAAACAUUUAAAGUUAAUAUUUUAUCACAUUAUUGGAUCACAAAAAGCUUUUUGAAGGACAUGAUGAAAGAUAAUCAUGGUCACAUUGUCACGAUUGCCAGUGUCGCAGGAUUAUUGGGAACUUACAAUUGUACUGAUUAUUCUGCAACGAAAUUUGCAACUAUUGGUUUUCACGAAAGUUUAUUCACUGAAUUAAAGUCACAUGGUUACAAUGGAAUACAAGCUACCUUGGUGUGUCCAUAUUUUAUAAAUACCGGAAUGUUUCCCGGAGUGAAACCAAAACUAAUGAAUAGCUUAGAACCAGAUUAUGUUGCCAAUGAAGUUGUAUCUGGAAUUUUAACGAAUCGUGUGUUAAUAACACUUCCAGGUUUCAUCAAAUUAUUCUUUCCUCUAAAAAGCAUUUUGCCAGCAAAAAUGUGUUGGGCAAUGAUGUAUCAUAUUGCAAAAGGUCCACAAACAAUGAUGAUGUUAAAAAGAAAGCAUCCUCAAUUAUUAGAAACAAGAUCUAAUGGUAUUUUAAAAUCGAACAAAAGUGAAUAA